ACGAUUUACGCCUAUUUUGACCCAAACCUUCUAAUUUCAUCAUACUUCGCUUUUUUGUUCUUCUUUUGUUCUUAUUGCCUUCUCUAAUUUCUAGGGUUUCACCAAAAAUUCAACCUCAUAACCGAAACAAACAAAUCCCACAAACCCAAAAUGGCUGAAGUCAUUAACAUGCCUCUUGAUUCUCUCGACCGUCGGGGCCGAGACCGCAAGGAGAAAUCCUCAACUGCCGACGACCCUCAGUCCUCGCCGCCACCUCCUCCUCCGCCUCCUCCUCCACAGAAUGCACCCCGACGACGGGACAGAGACUCCAGAGACAGAGAAUUCGAUAGGCCACCGAAUCGACGUGAUUACUACGAAAGGAAUCGGUCUCCUCCACCGAGGGAGAGGGAGAGAGAGUAUAAAAGGAGGAAUAGUUUGAGCCCUCCUCCGUUGCCUUACAGAGAUAGGAGGCAUUCGCCGCCUCCGAGGAGGUCCCCACCCUACAAGAGGUCGAGGAGAGAGGACGGAGGUUAUGAAGGGAGGAGAGGUAGCCCUAGAGGUGGAUUUGGACCUGGCGAUAGAAGGUUUGGAUAUGAUUAUGCUGGUGGAUAUGAACGUGAGAUGGGGGGUAGGCCUGGGUAUCCUGACGAUCGUCCUCAUGGUCGUUACAUGGGUCGUGGUGGUGGAUAUCAAAGUGGUCCCUCUGACUGGGAUUCUGGACGUGGUGGUUUUGUUGAUGCUUCCAACACAGUGACUGCUCAAAGAGAAGGCUUGAUGUCAUACAAGCAGUUCAUUCAGGAGCUUGAAGAUGAUAUUCUACCAGCUGAAGCUGAGCGCAGGUAUCAAGAAUAUAAGUCAGAGUACAUUUCAACUCAGAAACGGGUUUUUUUUGAGUCUCAUAAAGACGAGGAAUGGUUGAGAGACAAAUAUCAUCCAACCAAUUUGGUUGCAGUCAUAGAAAGGAGGAAUGAACUGGCGAGAAAGGUUGCCAAGGACUUUUUACUUGACUUGCAAAGUGGAACAUUGGACCUAGGUCCUGGUAUCAAUGUUCUAUCUUCAAACAAAUCAGGACAGACAAGUGAUCCAAAUUCUGAUGAUGAAGUAGACGCUGGUGGCAAAAGAAGACGGCAUGGCCGUGCGCCAGCAAAAGAAACUGAUCUUCUUUCAGCUGCUCCUAAGGCUCACCUAGUCAGUUCAGAACCCAGAAGAAUUCACAUUGAUGUGGACCAAGCUCAGGCCCUUGUACGCAAGCUCGACUCUGAAAAAGGAAUUGAAGAAAAUGUUUUAGGUGGAUCUGAUAAUGAAAAAAUGCAUAGGGAGAAAUCCCAUAGCAGCUCAAGUGGUCCUGUUAUUAUUAUUCGAGGCUUAACCUCUGUCAAGGGUCUGGAAGGCAUUGAACUAUUGGAUACACUUAUUACUUAUCUUUGGCGUGUACAUGGUUUGGAUUAUUAUGGAAUGAUUGAAACAGCUGAAGCUAAGGGUCUUAGGCAUGUGAGAGCAGAGGGAAAAAGUUCUGAUGCAACUAAUAGUGGGAAUGAGUGGGAAAAGAAACUGGACUCACGUUGGCAAGAAAGGUUGAGGGGUCAAGAUCCUUUGGAAAUAAUGACUGCUAAGGAAAAGAUAGACGCUGCUGCCGUUGAAUCAUUGGAUCCCUAUGUCCGGAAGAUUAGGGAUGAAAAAUAUGGAUGGAAGUAUGGUUGUGGAGCCAAGGGUUGCACAAAGCUCUUUCAUGCUGCCGAAUUUGUGCACAAGCAUCUCAAACUGAAGCACCCUGAGCUUGUGAUGGAGCUGACCUCCAAAGUGCGGGAAGAGCUGUAUUUCCAAAACUAUAUGAAUGAUCCAGAUGCACCUGGCGGCACACCCGUUAUGCAGCAGCCUUUACCGAAAGACAAGCCACAGAGACGUAAGAUAGGUCAAGAAAAUCGAUUGAAGGAUGAACGAGGUGGCCGUAGAGAUCGUGAAAACAGAGCAAAUGGCAGUGAAAGAUAUGAUAGGUCUGAAAACCAACAGUCAGGUGAUUUUCAAUCAAGUGAUGGGCCUGAUGCUGUCAACCAUGAUGAUCCUAUGUAUGACAGUUUUGGUGGUCAAGGCAUGCGUGUUCCACCUUUCCCUUCAGAUAUUCCUCCUCCACCAGUAUUGAUGCCUGUACCUGGUGCUGGUCCACUAGGGCCUUUUGUCCCCGCUCCUCCUGAAGUUGCAAUGCGGAUGUUCAGAGAGCAGGGUGGUCCUGCUCCAUUUGAAGGUGGUGGCAGAAAUGGAAGGCCUGGGCCCCAGAUAAGCGGACCUGCCCCCAUUCUUCUAUCUCCAGCCUUUCGACAGGAUCCUCGUCGAAUCCGCAGCUAUCAAGACUUAGAUGCACCAGAGGAUGAAGUCACUGUUAUAGACUACAGGAGUUUGUAGGUGCCACUAUUUGGAAGAGAUUAAAAUUUCAAAGCUGCAAUUUUUUGUUCUGAAGGGAGGCACUCUUGUCUAGUCAGCGUUCAGCGCUCCCGACGUUUAUUGGUUUAAGUUAAUCCAACUGUAGAAGCAAUCAUCCUUUUGAGGUUUUCACUGCUCGUUGGGUGCUGACGGCUUUUUAUUGCUAGUGGAUAUCAGUGCAAAUUGUGUUUAGUGAUGCCAAGUGCUCUUCAUUUUUUUCACCCCCUCCUUUUACCUUGAAUCUUACUCUUUAAGCAUAUAGGGGUGGGAAUAUACAAUCUUAGAAAAAUUUGUACCUGUAAAAUGGACUUCUAUGGAAAACAGAUUUCAGAUAGCUGUCCAUUUGUUUUUUUUUUUUUUUUUCUUUUAACUUUUAGACUUACAAUACUGAGUAGCCUUAUUCUUUGUUGAUAAUAAAGAAAAAGAAAAAAAAAAAAAAGAUUGGAACAUUUGCGAA